GUUAUCGUCAUAUAAAUCCCUAACGAUCUAAAGCCGUAUACCUAUACUUCGUAAAUAAGAUGUUUAAGUACAUGUAGUGUCCAACUCGAUUCGAUGUACAGCCAACAUAACCUACUGAAUGUCGUAAUAAGACGAAUCGAGAGCAGCCUAUUGUUGUUUUCUAUUAUAAAACCAUAGCAAGUCAUUCUAGUUCAUUUUCAAGUUUCGCUAGCUCCAGUGUUGGUAAAUGACGAUGGUCUCAUCCUUCUCGGCCGACUCGGGCGACUCGGGCGACAGCUAUCAUCAUAUAUAUCCUCGCAAUAUGUAUUCGUAAAUCUCCAAGUCUCACUAUUCAGACACAUACUUCCACCUUCUAGUUUCCCUACUCUCCAUUAUCAACUUUAGCCAUUUCGCUAUUAUGAAGAUCCUCAUUGUCGGCGCGAGCGGGUCCAUUGGAGGUGAAGUCCUCCUUCACUGCCUCGCUCACCCAGACAUCUCAAGCGUGAUCGCAUUCGUACGUCGGGAUCUACCUGCCGACGUAUCAAGCCAUCCAAAGCUUGAAUCUGUUAUAAUCAAAGACUUCUCGAAAUGGCCAGAAGACAUAUUACAGGCGCACUCGGAUGCUGUAGGUAUGCUUUGGAACAUGGGAACCAAUACUGGGAACAUACUCCCUGACUUGGAGUAUCCCCUGGCCUUCGUAGAAAGCAUGGGACGAAUGCUGGAAACGAAACCCGAUAGACCCCCUUUUAAAUACGUCCAUCUAAGCGGUAAAUUCGUCCGUCAGAACCAAGAAGAGCAAUUAUGCUUCCUGGAAGAAGCGCGCAAAAUGAAAGGCCGGCUCGAGACUAAAACCCUCGCAUUCGCAGAGAACCACACUACCAUAUGGAAAACUUUCAUGGUUAGGCCAGGCGCAGUUGUAACUAAAGGAAUGAUGGUUCCUGGCGUGAUAGCUGCGGUGUUAGGCGAGAAUUUGAGUGUCCGAGUUGAAGUGUUGGCUGCAUUUAUGACGUAUCUUGCUAUCGAUGGUCAGGGGGAAGACUCCAGCAUUGAAAAUAUGCGUAUAGCGAGAAAAGGGAGGGAGUUAUUAGAAGUUUUGGAAUUGCGGAAAAAUAACACCACACAUUAAUAGAUGUAGAUGGCAUUUAAAGGCCUGUAUGCUUGUUGUAUCUUUAGUCUUAUACCUUUAUGAUGGCGCC